GGCUGGGGCUGCGGGUCUGCACAAGCGCGCUUCAUAGGUAAAGUUAGGGGUGUCUGAGCACGUUGGACAGCAUUCUUUUAAGACGUUUCGCAUUUCCCCCCACCCGCGCUUGUAUUUGGACAAUGGCUUCUGAAAAGGAAAAGAUUGCCCGAAAGCUUUUUGAGGAGAAUCAUGUUUUGGAAGAGCUUGGUAAUGUAGGUCUAAAUGAAAACGAAUCUUGCAAAGACAACGAGUCAUCCGAGGAGGAGGAGGGAAAGAGAGAUGACCCUGAUUAUGAGCCUCUAGAAUCAAGCGAUGAUGAAUGGGAAGAAGACAGCGAGCCAAGCCCCAAAAAACGUCUAAUCAUCCCGUCCCCCAUCACCACACCACAAACCCCCAGAACCCCUGCAUCCUCUGCUGUUGGUUUCUUGAGUCCGAAGUCAAUACGCAGAGGAAAAACUCGUUCUCCACGGGGGAGAAAAAGGUCUGCAGCUUGCAUGUCAGAGGACAGUGAAAUGGGCUUUUGGAAUGACAUCAGCAUGGAGGAUGAGGCUCCGGUGCUACCCCAUUUUGUUCCAAAGCGAAAUCCGGGAGCUCAGCUCGUCUUGGACAGAAAUUAUUCUCCCUUAGAAUUAUUUCAGCUUUUCUUCCCAUACUCUGUGGUGGCCACCAUUGUGAAUAACACAAAUAGUUAUGCAAAAAUGAGGACUGAAGCUGGGACGAAAUUCAAGUGGGUGCCUUUGAAGGUGAAGGAACUAUAUUCGUAUAUUGCGCUUGUUGUUUACAUGGGACUCCUCAGCACAAAAACUAUUGCAGAUUAUUGGUCAGGCAAAGAAAUUUACAAUUUGCCGUUCCCAAAAUCAGUGAUGUCCAGGAGCAGAUUUCAAGCCAUCUCUUGGAACCUGCAUCUUUGCAAUCUUCAGGAGGAUCGAGCGAAUGCAAAGAAAAAGGGGACUCCAGACUAUGACAGACUUUUCAAAAUCAAGCCUCUGUACACUGACAUCAUAGCAGCAUGCAAAACGUACUUCCAUCCAAACAGAGAGCUAGCGGUGGACGAAAGGAUGGUGGCAUCUAAAGCGAGAAUUGGCUUCAAACAGUACAUGAAGGACAAGCCAACCAAGUGGGGUUACAAACUCUUCGUUCUUGCUGAUUCUGUAUGUGGCUACACAUGGAACUUCUUCGUUUAUGAAGGUAAGUCGUCUUUGGCCACAGGUAAAGGACUGAGUUAUGAUUCUGUGGUACGCCUCUUGGAUCUGCCUCUUCUUGGCAAAGGCUACCAUGUGUAUAUGGACAACUUUUAUACAAGCCCAGGCCUUUUGUUGGACUUGCUGGAGAAACGGACACUUGCGUGUGGCACGAUACGCUCCCACGUACAGGGCUUUCCUAGAACAAGGGCCAAUGAGCUCAGCGAAAGGGCACAAAGAGGAUCCAUACGCUGGCUUCGUGAAGGUAAGCUCCUCUUUGUGAGGUGGAUGGACACAAAAAUGGUUUCGAUGUGUUCGACGAUUCACAAGGCAUAUGAUGGCUCUAUGGUCUCAAGGCGUAUUAGGAAUCCUAAGAAUGGAUGGGAAAAGUGCCAAAUCACAAUUCCAGAGACAGCGAAGGACUACAAUAAAUAUAUGGGAGGUGUGGACCUUUCAGAUGCCCUGAUUGGGUACUACAAUGUCAUACACAAGACCAAGAAAUGGUACAAGACCUUUUUUUUUCAUUUUGUCGAUAUUGCAGUGGUGAACAGUUUAAUUCUCCACCAGAAUCUGUUGAAAUAUCAAAAACAGACCCCUCUCACCCAGAAGGAAUUUCGAGAGGCACUUGUGGCUGAGCUGGUAGGGACUGUCAUACUGCCAGAAGACGCGGAGCCAUCCACAUCAUGUGACCAAGAGACCUAUGGAUCAUCUGCUGUGGAGGAAGAGCUGUGCUGGCCGGAGUAUUUCGGGUCAGAUUCCUCAAGUGGGAGGAGAGUUUGUGUCCUGUGCAAAAUUUCAGGUCACAAAGUAAAGACACCUGUGUACUGUACAAAAUGCAAUGUAGCUUUGUGCUUUGUGUCUUCAAGGAACUGCUUCAAAAAAUGGCACACUGAGAAACCCACUGAAAGCGAUGAGGAAAAAUAAGUGCAUUGUUUUUUGUCUGCGGAGAUUUGACUAAAAGCUGUGCACUUACCCCACUGUAGUGCCUUAAAGUUUUUUCAUUAUUUAGUUAGUUACUUACAUUGUAGAUAAGUAGCUGUUGACAUUUAUAUAUCCCACGUUUUUAUAAUAUGCUUUUCACUACAUUUUUCCUAUAUUCAUUUAAUUUUCUUUCUUUAUUUCAAUUUUUUUUUUUUUUUGACCAACUAGUUGUUUUAGUAUUGUAUAAAAUAAAAAGCAAGAACUGCUACUUGGUCUCCUUUUGCUUGUUUGUCACAUGAUACGAGUCAACUUAAAGCUGAAGUGAUGACUUCUGCACAUAUUUUUGCCUUGGUUUGCAGUCUGGACGAUGUUAAUUGCUUAAAAUCAGAGCCAGUCAGCAGAUUUUGGGCAGUUAGUUGACGGAUUUCACAGAAAGCUGCACAGUGUAUGAAGGGCACAAACCUUUUGUAACCAUUUACGAAGUCUGCAAGUGUGUGAUGCAUUUUAAAAUCUGUUCUGAUUUUAAAAGUUAUUUAUUCAAGCCUUUAGUGUAAUAAAAUAUUUUAAGACUGUCUUGUGAUAUAUAACAUAUAGUAAAAGUAGGAUUUUUGAGGUAAUGUUUGCAGUUAAACAGAAGGUACCCCUCUAAAUUCAUGCAAAGCUUCACAGGGCGAAGGAAAAGUGGAUAACUUUUGUGCAGAAAGUGUUGAUGUUUGCUGGAAUCAAAGGAUUUUUUCAGCACGGACAGGUACUGAUUAGCAGAUUUUUUUUUAUCAUAAAACUGAUGGGUUGUUUCAGUCAAAUUAAUAUUGACUUAAAACCAGUUUAUUUAUUACCACAAAGUGCAUUUUCUGUUCCGUGAAACAUGCUUAAGUUAACCCUAAAAAGGGCAACGUAUCCUGGGGGCUACAAACAUUUGAGAACCUGUGGGGAGAAGCUGUGAAAGUGUCUUAUUUCUUGGUUUCAUUUUGAAAGGGUGUUUGUUGUGAAUAUUUAGAUGAGGUAACUUGUUUUCUACAUUUUGUUUAGCUCACAGGAAGCAUUUAAAACUGCAUGGCCACCUGUAAUGGGAAUCCUACUCGCCCUCUGAUAAAAGUUGAUCUAUUUCACAUGUCGGAAAACAGCAUUAGAGCAUUAGCUUAUUAGGUUUACAUUGAAAAUGUAAAUGGUUACAUUUUUUUGUAACCUGUCUCUAAAUCUGUUUCAGGUAGUAUGGUGCCCUUUAAGGGGUAUAAAUCAAGAUAUAAAAACAGUCAAGUUUCCAUAUUUGGUAACUGUUUUGUAAUAGAAGUGACAUUGUGACAGAAAAUGACAUCAAAAUAUUCAAUAGAGUUUGGGUGUAACCCAGUGGUUAUUUUAGGUGUAGUGCCCAAACAAAAUCUCACAGGAACCACAGUUUUUGUGAUAUCAACUUCAAAUUCGAAACAUAACUUGGUUAGACAUAUGGCUUUGAU